CACAGACAAAUCAAAACACAGGCUGCAUAGGCGCACAAGCAGCGAGGAGACAGAGAGGCAGAGCAGCUUUGCACCACUUUUAGUGAGACUUAAUAUAAAAGCCACAUUUCAGGCUCCGCAGCAGCCGCUGGCUCACACAGUGAAGUCAAGGAUGAAAAACGUCUAAAUCUGAGGAGGAACUGGGUGAAAGUCGGGAUUUAACCGCGAAUCAAACACUCGCGGAGGAGUGGGGGAAUAACGCAACUCGGGGUUAUUUAUUUUGAUAAUGCCGAGGACCCAGUUUAUGCUUCGGAUUGACGUUCAGAACAAGUCUGAAGCCAGAGGAUGACAGCAACCAGUCCCGUCUGCAGCCCCGUCUCCUCCCGCUCCACCCAGUCAUCACCCGUUUGCCUCCCAGCAUGCCAGAGACACCUGAGGAAAGGCACAGUCCUCCAAACCAAACUGCACCUGCGCUCUGCCCCAGGUGUGUGGCUAAUGCUGGGUGUAGCGGUGGUGCUGGUGGGGAUGGGCGUUGCGGUGGCGGGCUACAUAUCCGCAGCACCAAAGCCUGUGGCUGGUAGAGGGACCACCCACGUUGACAGGAUGAAACUGGCCGGGCCCGCGGUCAUGGGAGUGGGUUUGUUCAUCUUCAUCUGCGCCGCCACGCUGCUGUACGAGAACCGGGACCUUGAAAUUCGGGGACAGGGACGAGGGACACCUGACGACCUUGAGGAUCUGAAGGGAGGAAGUGGCUGGGAGGAUUCGCAGGAGCAGCCCAGCUUUAGCUGUCAGGAGCAGUGGGAGUGUAAAGAUGAAGAGCAGGGAUGCUGGGCCACUCCGGCCCACACACUGCCCCUCUCGAACCAGAACUGUGGUCCUCCUCCUCGCAGGAGCAGAGACAACAUUGACAGCGGACCAUCACCGCCGCCGCCGCCGCCUUCAGAUGCUGGAGGUAGAGAUGACAAAGACAGAGAGAAGGAGGAGAAGGAGGGAAGGUCAACCCUGCUGGCCCAAGUUCUGCACCACCAGGAGCCAACUCCUCACCCUCCCUCCCCCUGCCCGUCCAUCUCUCACUGCUCCGUCUACUCAGACUCUUGCAACUCCAGUGAAAUCAACUUCAACAUACGGACAGGCUCUCCUCUGCCGCCUCAACACUGAACCCCCUGCCGGGUUCAACUUCUACUGUCUCAUAAAAUAUGCAUGUUGAGAUACAUUUGAACAUUUCACGUGCAGACACACUCUAAAGACAAGACUAUGCAUUCCUCAAUAAACAGAUGAAAUGUUUGUUGGUAUGUUUUAGUGCCUCCGAGUGGCGCAGUGGCUCUGACUCACUGUCUGUGAAGGGUGUUUUUGUCCUACAUCGUUCUCUGACUCACCCACAUUUGAAAGAUUGGAGCUAUGCUGUUUGAUGUCAACUCGCCAUCUUGUUGUUUUUGAACUUACCCAUGCCCAAAAUCCCAAAAGCCACUGCUUGUUUGACCAUAUUUGGACGUGAGGAGGAUUGCUGAAAACUUAUUUGGGGGCCAUACAGGGAGAUGGACACACUCACUCUCUCUCUCUCUCUCUCUCUCUCUGACAAACACACACACAACCUCUUUACAGAGAUACAGCGUCUACAUUUCUUUGCUGGAGAGGUUUGGUUAAGAGGAUGAGCCAGAUUAGGUCUCAAAUAAGUCUUUAUCUAAUCUCACACAUACUGUAGUCUACUCUUUAUCUGAGGGAAAUUGUGUCUCGGUAUAAACAAGAGAAGCACCUAAGGCCACACUCCACUCACUCGACACCUACAGCCACACUAUAAAUACCAGCUGGUUCUCCGUACACAUGUAAGUGUGGACUCGAGUUAUAGUUUUUUUUUUUACUGUAAUUCAAAAUUUUUUUUUUUUUAUUCACAGUGUCAGCUGCUCAGUUUUCUUCCUUUUUCUCGAGUGUGGUGAGGUGAGAUCUUAAAGAAUUUCAAUCAGAUGGCGGAUACAAAAGAAAAGAGCAAGGACUUAUUAAAAAAAAGCGAAAUCUGGUGAGGCUGUUAUGAGUUAUUCCUGACGCAGCGUAACUGAGAAAAGCGGUCCUGUGAGUCGUGUAACUGAGCCUCACUCUCCCACCAUCCCGACCUUUCAUCUUUUCUCUCUCUCUCUUCUUCUGAUUCCUACGCUUUAUUCAAAUACUCCGUCCUCCGUCUCGGUCCUUGGCUUGUGCAAAACAGCCAAAAUACAGAAAGUAGAGCAAAACAAUGCAGAGUAAAAAAAAAAAGAAAAAGUUAUCGGGUCCAAUUAAGGAAAAGUGAGCAUGUUUGAGCAGGCGGAGAGGUAAGGAGGUAGGAUUUUAAUUAUCGCCAGCAUUUUCUCCUCCAGCCUCUAAUUACACAGGGGAUCAGUCUGAAGGUUUUUAUAGGUGCUUUAGGACUGCAGAGUAUUUCCUUGUUGUUCGGGCCCAUGCUGGGAUCCUGCCAUCCAGAUGACGACUGAGACUGAAGUGUACAGUAAUUUGCAGCCACACAUUUCACUCACUAAAAACAGCACCCAUCUCCCUCUCUCUCCCUCUCUCUCUCACACACAUAAAUUCACAUACACAAAGGCUCAGUAAGAGGGUAUUGUGUCGGCACAGUGUGCCGUUUUUGAGGUGCUGCAUGUAUCUCUCAGUAGCAGGGAUGAGUUGGGGAGAUGUGUCGGAAUCUUGCAACAAGCUGCAAGCAGCCUCCUUCGCACUUAUCGCUCAGAAAAAGCAGCUCUCUCUGCACUCUCACACAUACACCAUUCCUUCUCAGUGUGAGCUGCUCUGAUGUCUUUACAUUUAGAAGGAAAUGUGCUGCAUGGUAGAGCUGCCACCAAAGAUUAUUUUCAGUAAUCUGGAUAUUCUCUUGAUUUUUUAUUCUAUAAUCAAAUCCCAGUUUAUUAGGUACACCUAGCUGAAACUAGUGCAGUCUACUACAACAGACCUGCAAUAAUAAUGAAGGUUAUAUAAUGUUUUAGAGGGGUUGUUCAACAUCAUUCAACAUCAUCUUGGAGGCUGCAGUUUGUCGUGCUGUUUGAUUCUCUUGCGUCCACCCCAUUUAUAUCAAUGAGGAUAGGCUAAAUAACCUCUCUGUAUUAUACAAUACAGUUCCACAGCCACAAACCACAUCUUCUAAAAUGAUCACAAAGUUGUCAGAAAAUAGUGAAAAAUGUCUUUAAAUUGCAUAAAAUUGCAUGCUUUGUCCAAACAACUGCCUACAAUUCAGAGAUGCUGAGUUUACUAUCAUAUAAGACAAGUAAAAGCAAUAAAUCUUCACAUUUAAGAAGCUGAAA